AUGACACUAUCUGUUAAAAAAAAAAACUACUAUACAGAUUUAGGUCUAUUAGCAAAUAGAAAACUAGCAGAAACUCUUCUUUGUGCUCCUCAGGACAUGGCAGAAUACCAGAUGUCACUUUUCCAUGCAAUAGAGAGUCGUUUAAAAGCUAAAUGCGAUAAGUUAGCUGAUGUCUGCAUAUUAGAUGAGUUUGACGUCUCCUCAACUGGUAAUCCAAAUACAAGUGCUCGACUUCCAGAAAGAGUAAAGUUAAUUAUUGAGGAUAUUGAGAGGGAAGAAACAGCUCUGCAAGAGGAUCUAUAUUCUGUGAAUAGAAAAUUCGUGGAGUAUUACAAUGUAUGUGUCAAGCAAGUUGAGAACUUCUUCCGUAUUAUUAUUAUGUGGUGGGCUGUGGUGGCAUCGAUUUGGGUGGCAUACAAGAAUUCAACAAUGCUAUGGUGGUGUGAUUUGUGUUGUUUUGGUGGCGACAAUUCAGGUGGCGUUGAUUUGGGCUACUGUGGCCGAUGUCGAUUUCAGGUGGGUGUGACAAUGGAUUCCGGCAAAGAUGAAGAGAUGAGGAGAACCAUUAGGGCUUAA